CCCUGCCAGGGACGCGGCUGGCCGGCCUGACGGAGCCCGAGGCGGCGGCACGCUUCGACUACGACCCCGGCGCCGACGAGUUCUUUUUCGACCGGCACCCGGGCGUCUUCGCCUACGUACUCAACUACUACCGCACCGGCAAGCUGCACUGCCCGGCUGACGUGUGUGGGCCGCUCUUCGAGGAGGAGCUCGGCUUCUGGGGCAUCGACGAGACCGACGUGGAGGCCUGCUGCUGGAUGACCUACCGGCAGCACCGCGACGCCGAGGAGGCCCUCGACUCCUCGCGGGCGGCGCGGGCGGCACGUGGUGGCGCCGCUGGCAGCCCCGAGUGUGGGCGCUCUUCGAGGACCCCUACUCGUCGCGUGCAGCCAGGUAUGUGGCCUUCGCCUCGCUCUUCUUCAUCCUCAUCUCCAUCACCACUUUCUGCCUGGAGACCCAUGAGGGCUUCAUCCACAUCAGCAACAAGACGGUGACACAGGCCUCCCCGAUCCCUGGGGCCCCGCCGGAGAACAUCACCAACGUGGAGGUGGAGACGGAGCCCUUCUUGACCUACGUGGAGGGCGUGUGCGUGGUCUGGUUCACCUUUGAGUUCCUCAUGCGCAUCACCUUCUGCCCGGACAAGGUGGAGUUCCUCAAGAGCAGCCUCAACAUCAUCGACUGUGUGGCCAUCCUGCCCUUCUAUCUCGAGGUGGGCCUGUCAGGCCUCAGCUCCAAAGCCGCCAAGGACGUGCUGGGCUUCCUGCGGGUCGUGCGCUUCGUGCGCAUCCUGCGCAUCUUCAAGCUGACCCGCCACUUUGUGGGGCUGCGUGUGCUGGGCCACACGCUCCGCGCCAGCACCAACGAGUUCCUGCUGCUCAUCAUCUUCCUAGCCCUGGGGGUGCUCAUCUUUGCCACCAUGAUCUACUACGCUGAGCGCAUUGGCGCCGACCCCGAUGACAUCCUGGGCUCCAACCACACCUACUUCAAGAACAUCCCCAUUGGUUUCUGGUGGGCCGUGGUCACCAUGACAACGCUGGGCUACGGAGACAUGUACCCCAAGACUUGGUCGGGGAUGCUGGUCGGGGCGCUCUGUGCCCUGGCCGGGGUGCUCACCAUCGCCAUGCCCGUCCCCGUCAUUGUCAACAACUUUGGCAUGUACUAUUCGCUGGCCAUGGCCAAACAGAAGCUGCCCAAGAAGAAGAACAAACACAUCCCCCGGCCCCCGCAGCCUGGACCUCUGCCAGGGCCCCACACGCACCCGGGGCUGCUCAGGGGAGGAGCGGGUGGGUUGGGGAUCAUGGGGCUGCCCCCUCUGCCUGCCCCUGGUGAGCCUUGCCCAUUGGCUCAGGAGGAGGUGAUUGAGAUCAACCGGGCAGAUCCCCGCCCCAAUGGGGACCCAGCAGCCGCCGCACUUGCCCAUGAGGACUGCCCAGCCAUUGACCAGCCCGCCAUGUCCCCGGAGGACAAGAGUCCCAUCACGCCGGGAAGCCGGGGCCGCUACAGCCGGGACCGGGCCUGCUUCCUCCUCACCGACUACGCCCCUUCCCCUGAUGGCUCCAUCAGGAAAGGUUCCCCCCAGACUGGCGUAAGCCAGGCCCCCCAAGCUUCUUGCCCGACCUCAACGCCAACGCCGCAGCCUGGAUAUCCCCCUAGUGGACGAACCCCCUCCCCCCGGGGUUACGAGAAAUCCCGCAGCCUGAGCAGCAUCGCGGGCCUGAGCGGGGUGUCCCUCCGCCUGGCGCCCCUUGCCACCCCUCCUGGCUCUCCCCGGGCCACCCGCCGUGCUCCUCCAACCCUGCCCUCCAUCCUCUAGCGCUCCCCUCCCCCCUGUGGGGGGACUCGGGGGUGACCAGGAAGAAGGUCAAAGGAGCUGGGGGUGGGGGGUGGGGGAAAGGGUUUUUUUAAAAAAAAAAAAUCAAAAAGUCAUUAAUAAUAUGCAACCGAGAUGACGACGCCAGCAGACACCCCCGGGCCCCUCACUCCCCACCUGGGCCCCCAGGAUGGAGGGGGAGAGGCCAAAACUCGUCCUCCCAACUCUUCCUCCUCCCCCCUCCAAAAAAGCCUUCUCAGGUCUCCAUGAGCCAUAGGACGCCCCCUCCCGUAGACUCGUGUAAAUAAGCCCAGACGACUCCAGCUCCAUCUCGGGCCCUCCCGGCACUGCAUGCCUCCCGGCCGGACGCUGCUCCAGCUCCACUCAGCAAUAAGCCGCCAGGGCUGCAUGCCGCGAUCGAGGGAAGGGGCACUCUGGGAGGGCGCCGGGACCUUAACGGGGACAGGCUGGCCUCUAAGCCACUUGAGUGGCUCCUGGCUUCCUGCCCUUCACCCGGGAGGGCAACCCACCCAUCGCGCCGUGAUUAAGGAAACGGCAUCUUAUACAUAGCCUAGAAAACGUGCAGGGGAAACGGGCGGGGCCCGCGCUGAGCACCGGAGCAGAGCGCAGGCGAUGGGCCGCGACUCCCGCGGCCUCUAGGGGUCUCCUUCUGGUGACGCCGCCCUCACGUCCUCUCCCUCCACCCCCCAGGGAUCUGCUCGCCUCUCUUCUUGCUGCAUGGACUCAGACCUCCCAUCCCAGAAUCUUGGGAUGAUUUGGCCCUAGCACUCAAAAUGCCCCAUCACUCCAUCCCCAGGACAUGAGACCUGCACCCAAAAUUCCUGAGACUGACCCUGGCACCCCGCACACUUCCACACACUCCUGGGACUUGGCCUCUGCACACAGAUGCUCCCCGUCCGUCCCCCCACCCCACCCCACGCUCCCACCCGGACUGCAUCCCAUCACUUCUAACACCUCCAAGACUUGACCCAGCUCUUCAGCUCAGUUUCAGCCUUUGGGAUGCUCCAAGUCCCUCCUACAACUCUGACAUUUCCCAGACACCCAUAAGUCCUCAGGCCUGCCCCCCAGAGAUCCUCAAAUUAACACCGGACUCAUCACCCCAGGUUCCUCUGACACUAGCAAUUCCCAGAUAGGCUCUACCUGUCUGCAGGUCCAGGGAACCAGAUCCUUCCGGGCGCCCCCUUUCUGAUGCCUGACCCUGCCUCCUCAAGCCCCUUUCCUGAGAUGGUACCCAAAAAAAACUCUUCGUAGACCAGUGUUUCCCUGGGGCCAUAUCCGUGCGGGUGGGGUGCCGCAGUUGCAGGCAGCACAAGGCAAACACUUGUUUUAAAGUCCCGUCUUCCGUGUGCAAGUGUGCUCGAGCCGCCGUGUCCAGGUACGUGGCCUGGCCAGCACACCGCUCACUGAGGCCAUUUAAGGUUGUCUACGAAUGGCCACAGGCUGUCCCCAGAUGGGGAAGCCCUGGGGUAUCAAGCUUGGGGAACUAUGCCAUCCAUCUCGCCCGCCCUUCCCCCGUGCCCAUCGCCCCGCCAUGCUGGCAGGUGGGAAGACAUUUUUCUCAUUUCCCAUCCUGACUCAAGGAUGCGCUACCUCCCCCGAGCCGAGACCACACCAGUCCCAGAAUCCUUAGUGGACCCCCCUUUGGAGCUUGGGGCCCAUGAAAUUAGCAAACCUUCUUCCCUCUGCUCCCACAGCCUCAGGAACCCCCACCCGAGGGGGGGCGUCACUGAGCACGAUUCUUGAUGCAACGAUUCCUAUGCAAGGGGCAUUUUGAGUCCCCCCAUCCUUUCCUCGGACCCUAAACCCUGGUGAAUCGGGGUGAGGGGUGGGACGGGUUCUGGUGGGGGCGGGGCUAAGGGCUAGGGGUUCCAGACACCAGGGUAUGGGGUGGGGACUGAUCAUAUUGCCAAAGGGUUUAACUUCUUAAAAAACGCCCCCAGUUUCCCCGGACCCUCACGAAAGUCGAACGGGGCGGGAAAAGGGGGUGAGGGUUUUUUCCAAAGGGUACUGACCUCUUCCCGACGAUUCCCCCAUCCCCGCUCGCCAAUACGCCACAUGUACCCAGCUUUUUAGUUCAGCUUUUAAAAAUAACCAGUCAUUAUAAACUUCUACCAAAUGUGAUUCUUGUUCCCUCGCCCCCCAGCCCCCAAAUCGAGGGUGGGAUUCGGGGAGCGAGAGCAAGCUCCAGGGACGACUUCAAAGUCCGGCUGGCUCCCCCCUUUUCCCGGCCGCCAGGGUGCCUGCAACUGCACGCAUGCGCUGCAUGACGCCCCCCCCCACGCAUGUCGCGCCCCGCCCGCGUUCCGGGAACGCACGGACACGGGGCAGGGCGGGGCGAUUGGGGAGGAAUGAAUGGCGGGGGGGUCUUCUGAGCUCUGCGG